CGACAUGGCAGCCGCCGGCCUGGGAAGAGGGUGUUUGACACUGCCGGCGGCAGCCCUCGCCAAGUCACCGUCACUUUCGCCACAGCCGCCAGCAGCUCCCAUCCGAGGGAAGCCUAAGAAGUGUGUAAUCUAUCCGCAUCUGCCGAAGAGCUCCCGCCUAUCUCGUUCCGUUCUGCGCUGGCUCCAGAGCCUGGAUCUCAGCUUCUUCCCCAGGAACGUCAGCAGGGAUUUUUCAAAUGGCUUCUUGAUCGCAGAAAUAUUUUGUAUAUAUUACCCCUGGGACCUUAAAUUAUCAUCCUUUGAAAAUGGAACUUCUAUAAAAGUCAAAUUGGAUAACUGGGCACAGUUGGAGAAGUUCCUGGCAAGAAAAAACCUUAAAUUACCUAAAGAACUAAUUCACGGAACAAUUCACUGUAAAGCCGGAGUACCUGAGAUACUGAUAGAAGAGGUUUACACUUUAUUAACACAUCGAGAAGUUAAAAGCAUCCAGGAUGACUUCGUGAAUUUCACAGACUAUAGUUACCAGAUGCGUUUACCCCUGGUUCCCAGGUCUACAGCUUCAAAGUCUAUUAAAGAUAAUAUUAGGUUAUCAGAAUUAUUAAGCAAUCCCAACUUGCUCAACAAUGAACUUAAAGUAGAGUUCCUCUUCCUUUUACACAUGUUGCAAAGAAAAUUAACCAGAAAAUUGAAUCCAAAAUGGUUUGACGUCAAACCAACAGUGGGAGAAAUCACUCUUGAUCGUCUUCCUGCCCAAGCUUGUGGGUGCAGAUAUAAACCAAGGGUUUCAAGGGAAAGAGUCGCUCCUGUUUUAUGUAAUAGAGGUAAUGGUGGCAAUUCACAUAGAGAAAUUCAUGUGAAGCAAGCUGCAAAACAAUCCUCUGAUUCUGUUAUAAAAUCUACUAGAAACACGGAAAAGAAACUUUGAAAAGCACCUGUCAAAUGGCUUUGAAGGAGUGAUGCCAUCAUCUCUCUCUAUACUAACAGGAUGUAAUCACCUAGUCUUGGAUGUAUUUCAAUAACAAAUAAAUUAAAGUGGUGUCUUAUACAUAAUUGGGCUAAAGAACAUCUCUUUUCAAUUCAACAACCAUUUAGUAAACACUAUUUAUUAAAACCAGGUUCUGUUGAAAAUACAAAAUGAAAUAAAUAGUACAUAAUGAGCAAAAAUGAUUUUAAAGGUACAGUUAUACAUAAUGAUAUACACCAUAUCUGAAAAUACACAUAUUUGAAAAAAUAGUGAAUCUACUUUGUAAUAGGUUUCCUCAUUAGAAAUUAAUUGCCUGAUAUUAUAUAUUUACACAACUCAUUCAUUAAUAAAAAUUUAUUCUGAAUACUUAUUAUUAUACAUUGGUCCACAGAAAAUCUUGCUCAUCUCCAUGAACAGCCUUAAUUUAAACCAUUUAAGAAAAAAUAGGUAUCCUUUCUGUUGAUAAAGAGUGUGGAGGGAAAAAAAACAUUGCUUUCCUUGGAAUUUGGUUCUGGUGUUUAGCAAUCCAUUUAGUCCAAUUAAAAAAUUCCUACUGAUUGUUGCCAUGUCUAUAUUUUUUACAGAAACAGAUUAAUAUCUAGAAAGACUAUCUUGCAUAUAUUCUUGGUAAUUUUAUAUUCAUUUGUGGAAAACUUUUUUCAACUGGAAUUAUUCAUGUUUUAAUACUAUUUUAUUCAACCUCCAAGAUGAAUAUUACGGAUGCUGAAUCCCACAACAUGCACAUCAAUUUCCAGCUAAACUUAACAGUCUUACUUAUCAGUUUUUCUGCAUUUUUGAAGGUUCAAAUAAAUUAUUAGCAUUAAUACCUCCAGAGACUUUCUAAUUAAGUUUUAUAUUUUUGGAAAGAUAAUAUCUAAUAAAAGAACUUAAGCAGAGCCCUGAUGAUAUAGAUAACUUCUUGGGAAUGUGUUCAGAAUCCAAUUUUACCUGAGGUAAGAGAUCUAGUUCAAAUGCAUAUUUUAACAAGCUGCAGGUAAUUUACCUGUUGUCUUGCAUUUGAGUAGAACAAUCUAAAGUAUAAAAUUAUGAGAAUAAUUUUUUAACCUGUAAAAUGUAGUUCCUUAGGAAAGGGUUUUAGAAACAAGUCUCUGAAGCUCAGCUGUGGAAGAGAUCCAGAGAAGAGGAUUAGCUUUGGGUGAACAGUCAAAUAGUAAGUUUCUCUUGGUUUGGUGUUCAAUUUCCUGCAAUAGCUAAUCAGUCCACUCAUGGCCUGACCAUGGUAAGUUCCCAAGACUCCUGUGGAAUCUAUGGUCUGUAGGCUUCAUUUAUAAGUAAAUUAAGAUAGCAAGGAGGGUUCAAAGUGGGUAACCUCAAGAGCUUCUUGAGGAUGAGUUCUGUCACCAGAAGACAACUCUACAGGCAUAUUUUAGGAAGACCAUUUACUUCAUAAAGGAUCUUUGAUGGAAGGAAGCAGUGAACUUUUCAAGGAGCUAUAACAGCCCCCAUAGGAACAGAUCAAUCAAUUUGCAGAAUGCUUAUCAUGGGAAUAGAAGCUACUGUGAAAUGCUGUUUGUACUGGUAUUAAUUAGUAAGUGCUUUUCCCUUUUUAUACAAAUUUUGGGGUACAUUGUAGUCAGUGUUUCUUACAGGUGGAGAACUGGCCUCUGGAAUAAUCCUAUGAAGUGAUUUUCCUAGGUUUCUGACCGAGGUAACAACUCAGAUGGACAGCUUAGUCCUUUAUACCUCUGAUGACUCUGAUCUAGCACUUAUGAAGAAACAGUAUCUCUCAAGGGUGGGUUUAGGGACAAGACUUCCGCUCAUCUUAGCAGUUAAUUAUGUCUCAUCAGGCAUUAAUAGAAGUAUUCAUUAAAAUUUAAGGGACCUAAAAUACAUAUAUACAUAUAGAUCUAAAUAAUGAUAUGCCAUAAUAUAGUACAGUUAUAUGGUAUUUAAAUUGAGCAUAAAAGUACAUAUUUCAAUUAUUUAGGUACAAUUGUCUCAAAGAUUUGGUACAAUAAGCAUUUAUUAAGAGUAGAUUAUAAAGAUAUCUUCUGUAUUACUGGUACACUAAAUAUAAAACACUAAAUCUUACAAAUAAUUUGUGAGGCUUUCACUAUAUUUAUAAUGCCUUUUGACUUAAAAGCAGAAAAGUGUAAAUUUUCUUGUUAGAAGGACAAUAAAAUCCGCUCUAUUGCAACCACGUUUCUGAAAACAUUUGAUUGAUUUCAUAGAAUUAUAUGUAUAUAUCCCAUUUAUUUGAUUAAUAUAAAAAUCACAUAUUUUCACAAAAUGUAACUCAUUUUGAUUUGUAAUUUUGUUAACCAUGUAGUAACUUUUAUAGGUAAAAUAUUUUUACAAUUCUUAAAAAAUCAUUGUCUAAUGAGACUCUCUUCCUACAUAAAGGCAUAUUUAAACCUGCAAAAUAAUUUGUCCACUUACUGGUAAUAUGGACAUCUUCAAAUAAUAAAAUAAAUUCAUAUUGUUUCUUUGGGUUUUUAUGCAUAUGAAAUCUAACAAUGAAAAAUACUUUUAUAAAUUUAAAAAAAAAUUCUUUUUCAUAUUAAGGCACAAUGUAUACAGAUUGACAUAGUUAAAUGAUAUAUACUUAUAAUUCUAUGAAGAAUAGUUAUAAUAUUAUAGAACAUUGUAGAAGUCAAAGAAUAAUAGUAGUUGAAUCAAUCCAAUUUAGAUUUUAGUCAGAAAUUAGGUUACUCUUUUGUUAUACUCAUGUGUUAAGAGUUAUAUGAAUUUUUCUUCAUACUAAACUUAUGAAUAUUUUAUAAUAUUAUUUUCCUGCAUUCAUUAAAAAUGCAGAGGGUAAUGAUUUUUUUAUAUACGUAUAACUAAAACUUAAUGAUGUCCUUUGAAGUACUUAAAGCACAACAAAGAUAGGCUUAUUAACCUAUUUUAAAACAAAAUUAAAAGAAUGGCAGUGUAAUUUAGACUCUCAUUUUUACGUCAGGGGAUUUUAGUAUAUAAGU